AUGGCAAAUUUGCAUUCAUUAGUGCUAUCAUAUACCGCCAGAUUGAACGAGAUGAUUUGGAUUUGCGAGAAGCAGGAAUAUCGCGCGAAGCUGAGAUACAAGGGUGGGCUCUUGACUGCCACAAUCGUGACUUUUAUUCCCGGGAAUGUGCGCAUUAUCCAAGUGACCUGCAACCCAUCGGACAAGCUCCCAAAGCUCAUUUUUACGCUGAGGGCUAUAUACAAUUUCGGCAAGGAUAACUAUGACAAGAGCACAGCUUAUGAUGUUAUGAAGUGGAUUCUCAGCCCGCCUGAGGCUCCGCCGGCCAAGGAGCUCGCCAUGAGAGGCAAGAAAUAG